CACUUCUCUCUAAAACCACAUCUCUCUCUCUCUCUGUAAAUCUUUGUUUCUCUUAAAGAUGAGCCCCGGAAAGAUUUAUAGCUACGGGCAAGAACAGCGGGUGAUCAAUGGUGCCCGGCCAAGCCCCUUGAGGAUCAGCAAGGACUCGUAUGGAAUCCACAAGCCAACCCACGUCGCUGGCGCUCUUCCGGCGGCGAACGAGCAACGGCAGAAGCCAGUGAUCAUCUACGCCUAUUCGCCCAAGAUCAUCCACACCAAGCCCCGGGAUUUCAUGGCCCUGGUUCAGAGGCUCACCGGCCUCUCUCGGCCGGAAAAGGAAACAGCUCAACCCAGAACUACUACUUCUUCUUCUUUGUUUAAAGAAACCCAGAUUGAAACCAAGCUUCCCAAGAUUGAAGAAAAUGGAUCGUCGUCGUUUCCGUUGCUGUCUCCUGGUAUCGAUUUGGGGCCUGGUUCCAAUCAAUUCUUGGCCGAGAUUCCGCUCUUCACUCCAAAUUCCACCAAUUGGUUUCUGUCGCCUGGCUCUCUCUACAGAUUUUCAGACCCAGUUUCCUCCUCGCCAAACAUGUUCGAAUCCAAGAAGGAACUUAAUAUGGGCUUAAUUUCUGGUUCCUUUCUUAAUUGUUGAUAUGUUAAUUCAUUGGUUUCUUCAUUUUGCCCUUUUCCUUUUCUUUAAUUUCUGAACUUUUGUGGUAUAAAGAUUGACAACAAAAAUUUAUUCUUUGAGGAGACAUUCAAUAGAUUUAUUCUUUUCCGAACAGCUGUUGAUUUGACUACUGCAGCGUGCAUGGGUGAUUAUUAUUGUGGUUAUCUUUCUUGCUUCUGAUUCUUUUCUUUUAUAUUUUCGUUUGUUGGGUUGGAUUAGACAGUGCUCGCGAUAGUUUUCCAUGAACUGGAAGCUUCACUUAAGAUUUUGUGAUGGAAGGGUGGUCGCUACUCAGAACCCUAAUUAAUUAAGAUUGUCAUGCAAUAAGUUGAGACUUUUCGAUGUGUUUUGGAGACAAAAUUGAUGAAUUCUUCUUAGAGAGGAAACCUGUGAUCUACUGAGUUCAUCAGCUCCGUGCUAAGUUUGGAUGAACGAUAUUAUGUGAUCUACUGAGUUCACCACCAGUUGCAGCAGAGAGACGUAUGCCUCGUCUGGAUUAACCAGGAUUUAAGGAAGCGUUGGAGAUUAGGAUCAGAUUAGUAUUAGUUUCAGUUUGAAUUAGAAAUUUAAGUUCUCUCUGGAUUAUCUUUCUCCUUUGUAUUCUUCUUAUAAAUACUUAAUUUGUACACUGCUCACAAAAUAUUAUUAAAAAUACACAAUUUAUUGUUUUGGGUUCUGUAUUUCUCGAGGAAGUACCAUUGAGAGCAUAAUAAAGAGAAUGUUAUGGUGUUCAUGCAAAAUGCAUGUAAAAUA